CCCAUCGGCCAACAGACUAGCCAAGCUUUUUUAAGCCCCCGCCCUCGUCCUCUCCUCCUCUCUCUCCUCUGCUCCGCGCCCGAGACCGAAACGCCGAGAGGAACCCGCACAAACCACUCUCACUCACCGCGCGCCAACCGACGCCCUCGCCUCGUCGCACGCGAAGCUAGCUGCUGAGGCCGCGCGCGCUCGGGGCCGGCCGAGGAACGGAGCAGCAGAGGGUCUGCACGGUACACGACACCCCCCGCGCGCGCGCGUACGGGCACGUGUUGGUACUUGACACUUGCUGGCUCGACGACGCCUGAUAGACCAGGCGGCCGCGGGAUGGGGAGCGAGGCCGCGUUCACGGACUCGGCCGACGGGAGCAGCUCCAGCUCCGACGCCGCCUCCACCGAUGAGUGGCCGCCAGCGGCGACUAGGAAGCCGGGCUUCUGCGCCUCCGACACCGAGGUGGCCAAGCAGCAACACAAGCACAAGCGCAGAGCAGCCUCAGAGAUGGAGAUGAUGAAGGAGAGGUUCGCGAAGCUGCUCCUCGGCGAGGACAUGUCUGGGAGCGGCAAGGGCGUCUGCACGGCGCUUGCCAUCUCCAACGCCAUUACCAACCUCUGCGCCACGAUCUUCGGUCAGCUGUGGAGGCUGGAGCCGCUCCCGCCGGAGAAGAAGGCCAUGUGGCGGCGGGAGAUGGACUGGCUGCUCUGCGUUAGCGACCACAUCGUCCAAUUGGUCCCCACGUGGCAAUCCUUCCCCGACGGAACCAGACUCGAGAUCAUGACAACUAGACCACGGUCUGAUUUAUACAUCAAUCUUCCAGCGCUUCGGAAGCUCGAUCAUAUGCUCCUGGAAAUCCUGGACAGCUUCAAAGACCCAGAGUUCUGGUAUGUCGACCAAGGUAUUGCUGCACCGGAUUGCGAUGGCUCCGCCUCCUUCAGGGCGGCUUUCCACCGCCGUGAUGAGAAAUGGUGGCUCCCGGUGCCUCGCGUGCCUCCUGGGGGCCUUAGCGACAAAACAAGGAAGCAACUGCAGCAUAAACGUGAUUGUGCAAAUCAAAUAUUGAAGGCUGCCAUGGCCAUCAACAGCAAUGCUUUAGCUGAGAUGGAGGUCCCUGAAUCGUACCUCGACUCCCUACCUAAGAAUGGAAGGGCCACCUUGGGCGACAUCAUACACCGCUACAUAACGUCUGAUCAAUUCUCCCCUGAGUGUCUUCUUGACUGCCUGGACCUGUCCACGGAGUACCAGGCCUUGGAAAUUGCAAACCGUGUUGAGGCAUCAGUCUAUGUGUGGCGCCGGAGGGUUGCUGCCAAACCAGUAAACGGCUUGGGCCGUAGCGGCAGUGCUAGAUCAUCUUGGGGUAUGGUAAAGGACAUGAUGAUAGACACGGAGAAAAGGGAGCUGCUUGCUGAACGAGCAGAGGGCCUGCUAAUAUGCUUGAAGCAAAGGUUUCCUGGACUGACGCAGACAAGCUUGGACAUGAGCAAGAUUCAGUACAACAAGGAUGUGGGCAAAUCAAUCCUGGAGAGUUAUUCAAGGGUUCUUGAGAGUUUGGCUUCAAACAUCGUCACUCGCAUCGACGAUCUGCUGAACAUCGAUGAACUGAACAGACAUGCUGAACAUUUCUCACCACCAGGCGAUGCAGACUGCAAGAUUGCUUGCAACCAGGCCGUGGUUCCAUCCUUCCCAGUGCCUGCCUCAGGCACACCGUUCGUGACUGCGUAUGCCACGCCUAGCUUCUCGCCGGCGCAACUGUCGAGCCCGUCAAAGAAAGAGAGGACGUCGCUGACUCCAGGCAGGCAGUCACAACAUAUCAGGGGCGCUGGCGCAAAGAAAGCCUUGACGGACCAUGUUGGUACAGAAGUCAAGGGGAUGAUAAUCAGCAGUAGUACGAUGAUCGAUGUCUCGACAACGACAUAGCUGUAAAGCUAGGCUGAUAGACUAUCAUGGGAUUGCCAAAUGACUAGUCUUUGUGUAUGCGUGUGCCAUCUAUGUGUGCCCGAGUUCUUCAUUUCUGAUUUCUUGAUGAUAAGGUGUGUGUACUGUUUUCUGACCACAUGAUUUGGAGUGUAGCUUCAA